AUGACCUGCGCCCCAAGCAUUGCGUCCAUGUCCCUUGGGCGCGCCUGGGCAGGGCACUCACUCGAAACCAAGCUGGCCUCAGCACACGAUGCGGGCUUCAAAGGAAUAGAAGUGUUCUACGAGGAUCUGGAGCACCUCGCAAGCACCCUUCCAGGAGGGGUGACCGAUGCAAACAUCAUCACUUCUGCCUCCAUGUUUAAGUCUCUGGCAGACCAAUUCCAAUUGAUCAUCAUUGCUCUCCAACCAUUCAUGCAUUUUGAGGGUCUUGUUUCGGAAGAAGACCACCGCCAGAAAUUGAAGGCCCUGGAACUGUGGUUCAAACUCGCAGAAGUUCUUCAAACGAAUACCAUACAGGUGCCGAGCAACUUUCUGGGAAAUGGUAUCACAGAUGAUCGAUCACGUAUCGUCAGCGACUUGCGCCGUCUUGCCGAUGCUGGCAUGAAACAGAAGCCCCCGAUUCGCUUCGCAUACGAAGGCCUGUGCUGGGGCCGCUUUGUCAAUAAAUGGCAACAAGUGUGGGAAAUUAUUCAAGCUGUCGACCGUCCGAACUUUGGCAUGUGUUUGGAUCUUUUCCAUAUCCUAGGGAGGGAUUGGGCAAACCCUGCCGCAGAUGAUGGAAAGAUCGGUCCAGAAGCAGAUACCCGUCUGCACGACUCAUUGCGGGAGAUGGUCCAAACCCUUGAUAUUGACAAAGUGUACUAUGUACAAGCAGCCAAUGCUGAAAGGGCGGGACUCCCUAUGAGACCUGGUCACCAAUGGUGGAGUGAUGACCAGCCUGCGCGGCUGACAUGGUCCAGAAAUAUGAGAUUGUUUCCAUUCGAAAACGGAAGCUACAUGCCCGACGAGGAGGCUCUUGCGGCUGUGCUGUUGCCCCGGCCACUAGGUCUGGGUUAUCGAGGCUGGGUCAGCAUGGAACUCUUUUCUCGGUCAAUGGCAUCUAGUGAUCCUGGAGUUCCUCGUCGACACGCGGAACGAGGCAUAGAGUCUUGGAACAUUAUCAAAAAUAAAUAUCAGCUCUAG